AUGGUGCAAACGAGUACUUCAAGCGAAGGGGAUACCUGGACAGCCUUCGAAAAACUGUUACUAGCACAAGCUGUUUAUAAGUAUGGGGACGAUAACUGGCUUGCAGUUUCGCGGAUAAUGAAGCAACACCCAAUGAUUGAACGACAAGCUGAAUUCUUUUCCCCGAAGAUUUGCUCCAAUAAAUACAGGGUUCUUAUUGAACCAUACGAACUUGAAGCUGAGGCUGAAAAAAAAAGUUUAGUUGUCCUUGUCUCGCGUGGUAUUACAACAGAAGAAUGUAAAUUUAAGUUGGAAUGGCCUAAUUUGAAAGAAUAG